AUGACAUCAUCAUCCAACGCCGAGUCCUAUUCCAGCCCCCAAAAGAGCAUGAUACACACAGCGGGAUGUAUAAUUAUAGGCGAUGAGACCGUCGACACCAAUUCCGCGUACUUUGCGCGCUUCUGUUUCUCGUUGGGAAUGCAGUUGAAAAGAAUAGAAGUCAUUGCCGAUGACGAAGAUGAAAUAAUAGAGGCAGCCAGGCGCAUGUCCAAAAAUUAUGACUUUGUGGUGACUAGUGGCGGAAUUGGUCCGACACAUGACGAUAUUACAUACCAAUCCAUAGCCAAAGCAUUCGGCCUCCCCCUCCAGCUCCACAAGACCACAGUGGCCAAAAUGAGAAAGUUCUCGAGGCCUCAUAAAUCCCAGCCGAAUUUCUCCUGGGACACCCCUUCUCCAGCACUAACUGCCAAAUUACGAAUGGCCCACCUUCCAACCGACCCUGAUAUUCCAGACGAGGAUCAAGUAUUAUUUGUCAAGGAAGAUCUCUGGGUCCCCAUUUCAGUGGUGAACGGGAAUAUCCAUAUUUUGCCCGGGGUGCCGAGAAUCUUCGAAACACUCCUCGAGGGAAUGAAACCUCGCCUUCUUCCUCGAUUAAAGGAUCCCGAAGGAAAAGGAAUGUAUCGAAUGCUUUUCAGUACACCAUUGGCCGAAAGUGAGGUCGCCGAAUAUCUGAGCUCGCUGGCUGCAAAAGUCGAGCCCAAAGGCGUCAAAGUGGGAAGUUAUCCUCGAUGGGGAAAGAAUAAGAAUGUCGUGACACUCGUCGGCACUGAUAGAGAAUUCAUGGACACCUUAGAAGCGGAGGUAGCCGACGGUGUUAAAGGAACCAGAGUCCAUACCGAAGGCGAAGAUGAUACUGAUGACGAGACUGACGUGAAGAAGGACAAAGAUAGCUGA